AUGACCGCCCUGGGCUCCCAGCUCUGCUGGGCAGCAUUUCUGACAGCCCUCCUGCUGCUGCGGGUGAAGGGGAUGAAGUCUCAGAAGGACGCCCCAGACCUGGGCCAGGGGGACCGGCAAGAGAAAAUGCCCUCUGCAGACCAGGACCGAGAGCAGUUUGAAGAGCAUUUUAUGGCCUCCUCAGUGGGUGAGCUGUGGCAGGUGAUGGACAUGGCCCAGCAAGAGGAGGACGUGUCAUCCGAGGCAGCAGCUGUCCGAGACCACCUUUUUGAUUUAGCUUUCUGCUUUAACCUGGCCAGCAUCAUGGUUUUUUUAUAA